AUGGGUUCUGAGAAACACAGAAGUUCAGGAACUUCGAGCGAUCAAGAAACUGGUCCCUCGUUGUCUCCCGACAGCUCGAAAGAUGGUGUGGGCCGCUCAUACGAGUGUACUUUCUGCAAAAGAGGUUUCACAAACGCUCAAGCCUUAGGAGGUCACAUGAACAUCCACAGAAAAGACAAGGCCAAAGCUAAACAACAGAAAGCUUUUACUACUACUGUUACUGCUUCAACCAAGCCCAACAAAGAUCACUUGAUGGUUUCUCCUAAAUCUUUCAAGAGUAUUCCUAACGAAGAGGUUCAGUAUCGUGGGUCUUCUUUCGGGUUUCGGACAGGUGAUCAUGAUUAUCAGCUUACACCAUCAAACCCUAAUUUCCCAUGUAAUUCGGUUGCCUCACAGUUCGAUAACCAUGCCCUGCAUGAAGAGCAUCUGUUAGUGAACUUAAAUCUUGGGAUUGGGACUUCUGAAAUGGAACAUAGCAAUACAAGGAGUGCAAAUGCUGCGCAAGAAGAUUGGCCGGAAAAUGAAGUUGAUUUAGAGCUACGUCUAGGUCAUUAUCCAUAG